CACACACACAGACAGACACAUUGCUGUGGAUGGUGAGGAAGCUGCGAACAAACAAACACAGCAGUCGCUACUUGUGCUGGACGAGCGAGGGAGGGUCUGUGAGGAAGAGGAGGACGAACAAGGCAGAAGGAGUGCUGGUGUACUGGUACUUAGUGUCGGCAUUCAGUGUCACAGAAGCAGAAGAAGAGUGGAAACUGAUUCCUACUUCUCGGAUAUGAAUCAGCUUUUUCUUGAACUGAUUAACCUCGAUGUGACUUCUUGACCUCAACUUCUGAUUGUGUUUUCAGUGUCUACGUCUGUGAUAUUUCUCACUACAGACUGGACAUGAAAAGUUUCUCCAACGUAACAAAGGCUGAAAGUGAACCCCAAUGCUGAAGACAAACUCUCUGACAGCUGAUUUUCAAACUGUCUGAGUGAAUGAGUUGGGUAUUUCCAGAGCUGAGACGGACACCGUCACCCUCUGUGGUCUGUACAGUCAGCAGCUUCAUUCAAAACUUACCCAACAACAGAAUGAAACUCAGUUUAUUUAAGUUCAUUGAGUCCUGGAUUAUCUGUGCAUGUAAAACUUGUAAAAAUCUAACAUAUUACUCCAGUAAAUAAUUCUGUUUACGUGACUAUUGUUUAUUAAAGCUGAACAACCUGUCCCUUCGGGACCCCCAAGAGACUUUCUGCUUGCUGGUGUUUUGCUCGCAGGACCACAACUCCGCUGUGAUUUUGGAAAAACUACAACGGAGUCUGGAUUUACUCAGUGAUACACAAAUACAUCUCAACUAAAUGAUUGAUUGGCUGUAGAGACUUGCAAAAGGACCACAAGAGGUGGAACACCAGCUGAGAGAGAAACUAACUGCCAACAGUCCAAACACUCUCCGACCUUCAGCAGAUGGAGAGGAAGGAGGAGGUGAAGAUUGGCGGAGCGGCCAUGUCACUGCCGGCGGACUUGAGUUGCCUGCAGGCUGGCGGGGGAGCAGAGGGUGAGGCGGCCCUGGCAAACCUGGAGAAGCAGCUGAUCUGUCCCAUCUGCCUGGAGCUCUUCAACAAACCUGUGGUCAUCCUGCCCUGCCAGCACAACCUCUGCAGGAAGUGUGCCAACGAGCUCUACCAGCCGUCCCUGUUCCAGGCUCGUACCACCAUGAUGGUGAACAGCGGUCGUUUCCGCUGCCCGUCCUGCAGACACGAGGUGGUGCUGGAUCGCCACGGCGUCUACGGCCUGCCACGAAACCUGCUGGUGGAGAACAUCAUCGAUGUCUACAAACAGGAAGUCAGCAACAACAACAAUGCCACAAGUCCUGCCCCUCCUCCUGGUCCACCUCCUGCUCAGGUAACAUGUUCAGACCAUGAGGGUGAGAAAGUGAACAUCUACUGUGUCACCUGUCAGGUUCCUACAUGUUCUCUCUGUAAAGUGUUCGGGGCUCAUCAGUCCUGUCAGGUGGCCCCUCUGACAGACAUCUACCAGCAGCAGAAGGAUGAGCUGAACGAAGGAGUCAGUUCUCUGGUGGCGUUCAACGACAAAGUCCAGGCUUUGAUCAAUGGGCUGGAGGAGGCUUGCAAAAACAUUGAGGAGAACAGUAAGACUCAGAAACAGAGUGUGUGUGAGAAGUUCAAUCGCGUGUUUUCUAUCCUGGAGGACAGACGAAAGGCGAUGACACAGCGAAUCAGCUCCGAGCAGGAGGAGAAGACCGGCCACGCCGAGGCGUUGGUGCGUUGCUAUGGAGACAGCGUGGAGGCCAACCGCAAACUGGUGGAGAGUUCAUUGAGCAGCAUGGAGGAGCCGGACAUGGCUGCUUUUGUUCAGAAUUCAAGAGAGCUGAUCACAAAACUGGUAGCAGCAACCAGCUCCUGUCCAGCCGAGACACUAAAACCAGGUUAUGAGACUAUGAGCCACUACAAAUAUAACUUCAGCAGACAGGAGAGAGCUCUGAAGAGCAUAGACUUCCUCAAAGUUGUGGAAGAUGUUCCUGAAGAACCAGAGGUGGAACCAGAACCAGAGGAACCAGAAGAGCCCUCUGUACAGAACACAGAACCAGAACACAAUCAGGAAACCUCUUUCCAGAACCUGGAGUCUGUUUCAGAUCCAGUUGAAGAACCAAUACCUGGACUGAUAUUCCCACCAGUGGAACCAGUACAGACAGCUGCACCAACAUCAGCCCCAGUUUCACCAGUUCCAGAUCUGGUGAGGGACUCUGUGGAGCCAGCAGGGGCAGUCCUGCAGCCAGAGACUGACGAGCUGGACUUAAAUGAUGAAGGACCUGGUCUAAUGAAGAACAAUAAGGAGGAGGAGAUAGAGGAGGCGGAGGGAGUUGCAGCUCCUGAUCCUGUUAGUGAGGGAAACGUCUGUGAACAUGUGGAGGGAAUGAGCACACAACAGUCUGAGGAGGGAGAGGCAGAAAGUGACGCAGCUGACCGGACGGAAAAACAUGAUCCUCAGGGUGAAGAAGAAGAAAUUCAGGUGAAGGAGGAAGUAGAUUCUGCGUUUUCCCCCAGCUGGCGCAGGUUAAGCCCUGAGGAAAUCCUGCCAAAAGUUCACGAGACAGAGCAGAAGAUGUGUCCACUACAACCAGCUGGAGAUUCCCUUUCAGAGGCCAGGACUGAGGUAGCCCUAGUGUCUGAGCCUGAAAUACAACCACAAUCUCAACGGAGUCUGGAUUCUCAAUCCUCCAGCCACCCUCCCCCUGGAGCUGCGCUCUUCCACCCACAUCAACUACCUCUUUCCACUGAGCUUCAUGCUCAGCCGUAUCUUCCUCUCCCUCGACUCCCACAGCAGUUAGAAAAACAUCCCCAACCUCACGAAUCCCGGCCUCAACCCCAGAAGGCCCCUGCUGUGUGGGGCAGUGCUUUUGUAGAAGCCAGUAUCACUGAGGACGAAAAUGAAGAGGAGGAGGAGGACAUGCAGGGCUGGGUGUGUCUACCUGGGGCUGUGGAUAAAGGUUUCAAGCUAGUAGAGGGUAGUUUUGAUCUUGGAGAAGUUAGUUUAGACAGUUUUUCUGAUAAUAAUGAUAGUCCAUCAUCCAUACCACCAGAGGAGACUCGUUCUGGGCCUGAGAGAGGCAGCUCAGAGAUGGAUAAAGACAACUCUGAGCUCAGUGAUGGAAGGGUAGAAGAAGAAGAGCAUCUUGCUUCAGAGCUGAAAGAAAGUGGGCUGGGAGAGGGUGAGUAUGAAGCUGAGGCGAUGAAUGAAAGGCCGGAAAAAGGAAGCGUUUGGUCUGAUGAAAGAAGUGAAGAGCAGGGGAACAAUCUCUCUGCUUUAGAGAGGGAUGCUGUAUCUACGAGGGAGGAUAGCUCUGAAGUUAAAAAUUACAGCUUGGAUGUGGGAGAUCGUGGUGUGGAGAGGACAGACAGCGUGAUAUCUGGGGACGGUAGUUCAGGGUUUGCAGAAAAGAAAGAGGAGGACGGAGAGAACAGCGAGCAGCCUGAAGACUUGAACGCCAAAUUGGAAACGAGCGCUGCUGAAACUGAAGAGAAAAUAACCUCCUCUGUCUCUCUCCAGGCUGUCAUUCUGCUCUUCUACCUGUUGGCCUUCCUGGUCAUCCUGCAGAGGGUUUGGGCUUACAUCGGCUGCUUCAUUUGCACAUAACACCAGCAGGAAACACAUCCAUCCUCACUGCUGCACAGCUCAGAUGCACACUGAGAGUAGGAGUCCUGCUCAGACCAGUCCUCCUCUCUCCUCCUCCUCCUCGUCUUCCUCCUCUUUCACCCUCAGCGAGGCUCCUCGACGACCCAGUUUCAGCUUCUCCUGGCUAAACUCCCUCAACAAGAAGAAGUAGAGGAAAGAGAGAGAAGUGUUUGGAAACGGAAGUUUUGCUGUGGAGAUGAAGAAAGGUGCACUUCACUCCACAGUCAGUUUCAUUCAGCUCGGCACUGCACUGAGACUGGAAACGUUACGUGUACCUGGAUAAAACUUCAGUUACAGUAUUUUCAUCAACAAUCUCUGUUUUGCUUUAAAUAUCCAUCCAGUUUAAAACAUAUUUGCACUUUUGUGUUGUGUGGACAAAACGGACCUGUGUGCCUAAAGGGAAAAACGCAGACUCUGUUGGUCUCUUAUUUUGAAAACUUACUGAGAUGUUGCUAUUCUCCUUCACAUUAAAAGUCAUUACAGCUUUUAAUUUUAUUAUUUUUAAGUGGCGUUAGCAGAGGAGUAGUAAUACUGCAAUGUAGAAGAAGUAGUAUUCAGAAUGAUAGUAGUAUUGGAAUAGCUAUAACAGGGAAAAGAUUACAUGUUUGCAUCAGGAAGUAGCACAAGUAUUGUUGUGUUACCAGUAAUAAAAGUAUGUGUUUUAGUAGUUAUAGCAGAGCUUGUAGUAGUAGUGAUGGGACUAAUGUAUUAGCUGUUACUGAAGGUGUGUCUGCAGGAUAUGAGCACAAAUAUAUGCUGCAAUAAUUCUCAGUCUUUUAGUGUUUUACUGAAGCAAAAUCUAAAAUGUUCUCAACAUUGUUCAUAAGAACAUACUGUUUCUUAUUUCUACAAAAAGAAAUGUGACGUUUUAACCUUUUACUGGCGAUAUGAGCUACUAGUUGGCUAAUAAACGAGCAGUAAAGUAGAUGUAGCAGUAAUAAUAGUAGAAUAAUAAAUAAAUAAGAAGACCCAGAUGUCCAGUUUGAGCCAUUUUGAACUGGUGAUUCUGGAUGUCACUUGCGAGUCAGUGUGGUUUGGUUUGUUAUUGAAAACAUUUUAUGAUUUUGAUUUGAUGUCCUCUCUCACUGCAGCAGGUUUUUAUGGGUAUUUGUGAGUUUGUAAGUGUGUUUGAGCACCUUUUUUUUUUUUUUGAGUGUAUGGCGUUUUGAAAGUUGGUGUCUGUGCAUAAUGCUGGACAGAGUGGUUCAGGUGAGAUAUUGGUUUUGUUUGAUACAUGUAUGGAUUUAAUAAAUCAGAUUUUACUACC